CUUUGUUUAAAUUAUUGGCACAUACAUUAUUUUAUUAUUGGUGUAUAGAAGAGUACCAAGUUUUUGAUACUCGAUAUUCAAAAUCUCUCAUACCAUUCAUCAUUAUUCAAAAUCUCUAGUAAAAAAAAAAUGGAUUCGGAGUCGGAGCUCAUAUCGAUCAUUUCUCAAAUCUUAGCUCUCACUAGAUCUCACGUUGAGGAGGAGGAGGAGGCUGAGGCAGAGUCAAAGUUCUUAUUAUUCAUUACUCGAAUAAUUUCUAUAGUUAGCUCUCUUAACUUGAAUGUGCAGCCAGAGCCCGGGGUCAUAUCGCUCAUUUCUCAAAUGAUCUCGCUAAGCAGCUCUAUAUCAGACUCCAAGCCGGAGUUGGAGCUCAUAUCACUUGUGAAUCAUAUGAUCUCUCUCGUCAACUCUAUAGAUUCGGAACCGGAGCCGGAUCCAGACCUCAUGUCACUCAUUACUCAAAUAUUCUCUCAUCUCGACUUUAUGGAUUCAGAUUUGGAGCUCAAGUCACUCUUUACUCAAAUAGUCUCUCUCGUUAGUUCUAUGGAGUCUGAUUCAGAGCCGGAGCCGGAACGGGAGACGAAGCAGCCAAUAUGCUUGGCCCCUCAAUUUAAACUAGAAUUAUCAAACGGGAAAAAUCUUGUGACGGGAUUUGUCAAGCGUGAUGGUAGAAAAUAUGACCCCGAGUACUGUAACCCCGAGUACUGGAGGGUACUAAGGUUAACAACAGGCGAAAUUUCUCAUUUUCUCUGCCCAAGUUGCGAAGGUGAUAAUCAUGAAGAAUAUGAGAAGGCUCCACUUGAGGUCAAACACCCUCUUCAUCCAAAACAUUCUCUUCAGCUUAUCUUGGAAAACUCGUGGGGAUGUCGAAAAAAGAAAUGCUAUUGUUGUGAUGAAAUACUCCUAUGGAUAUUUUAUUACUGUUGGGUUUGCGAUUGUGGUAUGAACAUAGCUUGUGUGGAGAAACUACCGCUCUUAUCAAUACACCAUCCGAAGUGGCAUGAACAUACACUUUCUCUGUUUCCAAUACUCAUAUCCUUAACUUGCAACGUAUGUGCCUUGGACCAUUUCAACUGUCCUUUCUAUAUAUGUUCCCCAUGUGACUUUGUGGUUCAUCAAAGUUGUAUCACCUUACCACGUGUUAUAAGGAUAUCUCGCCAUCUCCACCGUAUUUCCUUUACCCCUUCAUUUGAACAAGGAGAUUGGUCUUGUGGUGUAUGUCGCAAAAAAAUCGACAAUGAUUGUGGGGGUUAUUCUUGCGGAAACAGCGGUUGUACGUAUGUGGCUCAUUCCAAAUGUGCCACACAGAGUAAUGUUUGGGAUGGUGAAGAUCUUGAGGGAAAACCAGAAGCUAUUGAUGAAAUAGGAGUUAAUCCAUUUGUGAGGAUAAGUCUUGGAAUCAUACAACAUUUCAGCCAUCAACAACAUUAUCUGAGACUUGAUGAUAACACGGGCAGAGACUACGACGAGAGUAAGCUGUGUCAAGCAUGCAUCACGCCAAUCUAUUUUGGUAAAUUCUACUCUUGUAUGGAAUGCAAUUUCAUUCUCCACGAAGAAUGUGCAAAUUUUUCUCGCAAAAUACAACACCCGAUACAUCCACAUCUGCUCACUUUAGUGACUUCCGCGACCGAUAAAGCCAACACUCAUGAUUUAUGUUCAGCUUGCCCAUGGUUGUUCACCACCGGUUUCUUCUAUGAGUGCCACAGAGAAGGAUGUCGUUUUAAUCUACAUGUGCGGUGCGGGACAAUUUCUGAACCAUUAGUUCAUGGAAGUCAUAGGCAUCCUUUAUUCCUAACAUCUAAACCAGGAGAUUGGAGAACAUGUAGUGUUUGCAAAGAGUCAAGCCGUUAUGUCACACAUGAAACAUUUAAUUGCGUUCAAUGUGUCUUUGCUUUGUGUUUCAAGUGUGCUGCUAUACCUCAGAAGGUGAGGUAUAAGCAUGAUAAUCAUGUGCUCAUUCUUUCUUAUGGGAAGGAGAUCGAGACAAGUACCAUGGCGUAUUGGUGUGAAGCUUGCGAGAGAAAAAUAAAUCCGAAAGGGCAGUUUUAUAAUUGUGAUGAGUAUGGUUGUGUCACCCUACACAUUGAAUGUUUGAUUGGGAAGGACUUAUAUAUGAAGCCCGGUUCAUCUUGGUUAUUCAAAGGUAGAAAGGUACGUGUUCUUCGCAACAACCAUCGUAUGACUAGACCUAUUUGUAGGGAAUGUAAAGAUCGUUGUCCACACAAAAUAGUGUUCCGACGUUCUACAUUAAACUUUUGUUCCACCGGUUGUAUGAGGUCGAAGGUUUUUAGUCUGGAGCUUUAUCGUUAGCUCUUAUUGAAUUUGUAUGUUCAAGAAUCACCGAUGAUGCAAAGCA